CUGGGCAGUUACCCCUCGUUCACGCCACGUUGACUGAUAGCACCCUCUUCUCAGCCAUGGAUUGCUACAGCCAUUCAAUAGCAUCUGCCUCCCAGUUCACACAACGACCAACGACCCUACAAGCCUAUUUUGAGUCCAUGUACCAGUACACGGAGAUCCAAAUGACGACUCUACCCGGAUUCAUCUACGAUCGUACUGCUGCAAACCCGGACUUCAGCCCCAAGGAGGGGCGCAACGAAUGAAUAAUUGUUAAUAAGCUGACCAGAUUUGGGCCAUGGUGAGUAGGUCCCAUUUUGUUU